CGCCGAUCUCCUUCCCCAACUUUGCUUCUCCUCAUCACUGCUCUCUCUCUCUCUCUCAUCCCCCCACCCCCUUCUUCUCUCUCCAGAAUGGAUCCCUCAAGGAAUUUGACUUAUGGAGCCUCAAAAACUAUUCCAGUUUCGAUAUUCAACUGGUUAGGCCCUUUCUCACACCCCUCGAAUCUCGCGAUCUCAGAUUGCACUCUCUCUAGAAAUUCAACUCUCUCUCCUCACCCGCGUAUUGGUUUCAGAGCCCGGCUUCCAAUUAUCAAAUCCCGCGGACCUCUUUUUCGUACAAUUCUGCCCCUCUGCAUAUCACACGGAGCGAUAAAUAUCGUCUCGUGGUGUUCAGAUCUACGCCUUUCGCUUUGCGUGCGUCGCAUUGGAAGAUUGACAAUCACGUAUUUCGCGUGACCUUUUUCGCUCUGAUAUUCUUUCUUCUUUCUGGACUUCAAUGCGCUCAGUUCCCCUCGUUUCCUCCAGUAAUUCCAAAUUCCACACCCGUACUGGUCAGUGACUCGGUGCCAUGACGUCCGAUUUCAAGUUAGAUGAAGCUGAACCAGAUUUCGUCUCCGUAAAUGGGGUGGUGAAAAUAGGCGAAAGGACUAAUGUGGUACGCAAGAUUCUUAAUGGAUUCCGUAGGCAAGGAAAUAAGGUAACACCUGACAGGGGUUCUUGGGGCACUGAAGCGCCUGGUGAUGAUAUUGUCGAACUCUUGGUUGAUGAAGAUGAAAAGAGAGAACAUAGAUCAAGAAAACUAUCUGCACCUCUAUUGGCUGGAACAGCUUACUGCAUUUCUUCUUGCAGCAUGAUAGUGCUGAACAAAGUUGUUUUAUCAAGUUAUUCUUUCAAUGCAGGAAUCUCAUUGAUGUUUUAUCAGAAUUUGCUUAGCACUGUUAUAGUGGUGCUUCUGCACUUCUUUGGAUUGGUGUCUCUGGAGAGGCUGAAUUGGAAGCUAGUUAGGGUCUGGAUCCCUGUAAACGUAAUCUUCGUUGGCAUGCUAGUAUCAGGCAUGUAUAGUUUGAACUACAUAAACAUUGCCAUGGUGACCAUUCUGAAGAAUAUGACAAAUAUUAUAACAGCAGUUGGUGAAUAUUUCAUUUUUCGGAAGCAUCAGAAUCGAAAAGUUUGGAUUGCUAUGUUCUUGAUGAUCAUUUCAGCUGUAAGUGGUGGCAUCACAGAUCUCUCCUUCGAUGCAGUGGGUUAUGCAUGGCAAAUAAUCAAUUGCAUUCUAACAGCAGGCUAUUCACUCACAUUGCGCCGGGUCAUGGACACUGCGAAACACUCGACAAAAUCUGGAUCACUUAAUGAAAUUUCAAUGGUCUUGCUGAAUAAUAUGUUAUCCUUGCCUUUCGCAAUCAUCUUGAUUCUUAUGUUCAAUGAAUGGGAAUAUGUAAUCAAUUCGGAUGUAAUUAGUUUGCAUAUGUUUUGGGUUGUCGCAACACUAAGUGGAGUGCUUGGACUUGCCAUAAGUUUUACCUCUAUGUGGUUUCUAAAGGAAACUGGGCCCACUACUUACAGUUUGGUGGGCUCCUUAAACAAGAUCCCUAUCUCCAUUGCUGGUCUAGUGUUGUUCAAUGUUCGGGUUAGCCUAGAAAAUCUCUUCAGCAUACUAUUCGGUCUAUUUGCAGGAGUGUUCUUUGCCAGGGCCAAGAUGUCCUGACUCCUCAAAAUUCUUCUCAUCGGGGUUAAGAAAGUAGAAGAUAUUCUAUUCAUGUUUUCUGUUUGUUGACAGUGUCAAUAUCCCAUUUGAACUAGUGCUGAAACAAAAUACCGAGGACCUGAAACAAGCUGAAGUUUACACACACAAAAAAGAUGUUUUUCUGUUCUUUUUCUGCUUUUUAAAAACAGUUUUGGUAUACUUAGAGAAUACAUGAAUUGAAGGAUACGGAAAUAGCAGUUGCAGCAACAAGCCUAGAUUUGGAUCAAUUUCGCGGCAUGCCUUUUGUAUUUUUGCAGUUUAUCUGGUGGGAAAGGACAUUUUAAAAACAUUUAUAUUUCAAUAACAUUCGUUGAAAAUUC